CCCAGUAGUCAGCAUGAUGAGCAGAAAGUCGAGCCAGUUGAGCGGCCACCGGUUAUGGAUUCUCGCAGUCAGCUGCUGGACCAGAUCAGAGGAGGCGUCAAGCUUAACAAAGUUGAGGAGGCAGCCAAUGGAAGUGGUGAUCAUAAGUCAUCUGGACCACAGCUAGAGGGAAUGGCACUGGAUCUGCAUCGUGCUCUCAUGGGACGAGCUCUGGCCAUGCAGUCGGAGAGUGACGACGAUGACGAUGAUGAUGACGACGAAGAUGACGAAUGGGAUGAUGAUGAUUAAGAGAGCUAGAAUCAGUAGGUCUGUUGGAAAAUUAGGAAGAUCUGAUCUGUUGCCAAAGCAUUCCUGCUAAAAUGAUAUUGUGUUGAUUUACCUUUGUAUUUAUCAGAAAAAAAUGCUGUUAUCUGUGAGUAUUCAACUUAUUCUUAAGCAUAGCAAUAUUAGGAAUUGAAAAUUGAAAUAUAUUUUUAUUAUAUUUUAAGCAUUUUAGAAUUUCUAGAUAAAGUUUUUGAUAUGAAUAUCAUAUGGAUAAUCAAUAAGUCACUGUAAUGAAGCACUUGUUGACUUACAUGAGAUAUUCACAUUAAUUGAAAGCAUUUUAUAAUUGACAAAAAUCUAAAAUGUUUGCAAUGGCCAGUGUGAUAGAGAACUAAUUUGUAAUUAUUUAUCCUCUAUUAUGUAGAUCAAAUUAAAACUACAAAUGGUGACGUAGAAUAAUGAUGGAUACAAGUUCCCUGUAAAGUUAAUGGAUGACACAAAUGAAAGAGACUGAAUGUGAGGAGUCAGUGUAUGGCAGUGCAUUUGCAUUGCCAGCUGAGAGUACUCUGCUCAUACCAGAGAUCUUCCAUAAGCUUUAGAAACUAGUCUGUGCCCAGUUUUCUGGUGGAGAUUCCACUUCUUAUACGUCAGCAAGACUUAUGACAAGUGCCUUAGUUUCAUUUUAUUUUUAUUCUUUUGGUCUUUGCUGGAAGCUGGGUUUCAUAACAGGGUUCAAACCUACUUGUUAGUUACUCAGUGGCUAUCUCUUGCACACCAAACCGUGCCGUUAUCCAAGAUCUGACAACCAUGCAACCUCCAUCCCUUUUGUUCCUAUCAUUACUUAUUGGGAUAGGAUAGUGAGAGGAAAGGUUGUGUCAUAGGAUAAAUGCUCCCAAAAAAGGCAAAAGAGCCUGAACAGAGUAUGGUAUUAGGAAAUUCAUGUUUCAGUGUUUAAAUAUGAUUAGUAUAUAAGUGUUGCUUCCAAAGCUUUUGCUCUCUACAAGGAUUUUUGGUUGACAUUCCUACCAAUAUAUGCUCAUAAAUACAACAAACCUUAAAACACACAAACAUACCACUUACACAAAUACAUAUAUUUACACAAAUAAGUACUUGUGCUGAUAUUUGUGCAGAUAAUUUAACACAGACAGAUAUAAUGUACACAAACAAGGACACAUGCAAACUUACAUAGAUACACUUAAACUUAUAUAGACACAUAAAGAUACACAAAAGAAACAGGUAGGUUUGUCAGAGCCUUAACAUGUUUGAUAAUUUUUUUUACCCUUACGGGUGGUUAUGGCUGGUCAGGUGUUCUAGAGAGUUUUGCACUCUUUCAGUGCAACAGAUUUAUGUACUUACAUUUUUUUCUGUUUAGGUUGGCCAUUUGGUCUUUUUCCUUCAUCCAGUAUCUGUGUGAUUAUAGCCUGUGGGGUAUUUUUGGGUACACAGAAAUCCUACAUAGUCAUACCUUCCCCCCCCCCUUUUUUUUUUAUUAUUAUCAGAUGAGUGUUGGAUUUGAGGAUUUGGGUUGAACUGAUUCCUUUGUCUGGCUGAUGUUAGUUGAAUUAUUCAUUGGUUUGCAAUUCAUUCUCUCUCUCUCUCUCUCUCUCCCUCUCCCUCUCCCUCUCCCUCUCCCUCUC